AUGAUUCGAAAGUAUCUGAGUAGGCCGGCUAACAAACGACCCAAUUAUUCGCUGAUUGGUGUGGAUAAACCGUUUGGCUUGCCGAACUUCGGAGCUGCUGAUGUGGAGGUGUGCCACCCGUCUGAUGGCUGUGCUGCAGCGCCUGCUAGCAAGGAUAGUACUCGUGCGUCUAACGCUGUUUAUAUGCAAGAAAGGCGCGCAAAUGUAAAGGGUGCUUCCAACGCAGCUGCUGCAACAAAUGGCAGGGUUGCGUUGGCGAAGGAUGACAAAAGCUACCAGGACGUACAUAUGACGACGCCGUCAAAUGAAGCUCUUGUACCCUACCGGCACGAUCUGCCUGAAGAGUGGAUUCCGAGGGAGUUUGUAGGACGGCUAGAAGGCAGCUACAUGCAGUCAAGGCAUUUGUUGCUGAGUUGUAUUACUGCUGGGCUGCACAGGGAUGAUGUUGAUGAGGACCAGUCGCUGCAGGUGUUGAGGGUUAAUUGUUUCCCUUAUAGUGCAUCCAAUCAACAUCUAAAGCAUUUACUAGACACGUGCGUAUUUUCCGGGCACUGCAGUACACCGCCGAUAGAUAGCCACCUGCUGCUAUCCUGCUGCGUCAAGGUUGCUGGUAGGGGUUCCAUAUGCGCUGGCAGUCGUAUAUACCUGCCUACCCAACUUGACUUGGAUGCUAACCAUCAGUUUGUCGGCAUGGUUGUGUUAGGCAGGUUUCCCUCCCCCGUCUCACGGUGUAUUGGUGGGAACGAUUCCGCAUCGAAGCUGACGCCAAUUUCGGCGCCACUCAGGGGCCGGGAUUUUAAGCCCCCGGAAGCCUUGAAAGAGCCCCCGCAUGACGAAUACAAGCUGGUGAAUCUUAAAAGGCUCUUUGUAUGUAGUGGGAGGCGCAGGAGGGUGGGCAUCGAAACUGCAGUUUCGGGUUUGCGAGAGCUGGACACGUGCCGUAGAAAGCCUUUACGAGCCUGCAUCGGCGCAGUAACAUCGCGAGGCUUUUCCCACAAAGGAAAUUGCAUCGUCCAAUUGCGCGCAUUCGUCGAGCUAAUGCGUUCUAGCAUAGCUCCAAAGCAGAGGACCGAUGCGAAUAUAGAGCUUCUGCAGAGCCUAAGGCUGUUUGUCUGGCUGCGCAACAACAACAGCGCCGACUAUGUGCCUGGAAUCCUGUCCGUUGCAUUCCACGAUAAUGCAGGAAGCUUCGCAUAA